AGACAAGCGAAAACCCCAGUCCCACUCCCUUCCUCGCGAAGCUUUUCUUCUUCCUCCCUCUCACCGUCUGACGACACGAUCGAGGUGAUUCAGGAGAGAGGCGCGCGGCAGCACGGGAGAUCGCGCGGGGCGAGAGCCAUGGCGGCGCCGUUCGUGUACCUCCCCUCCACCUUCAACGGCAACAGUCCCGACGCUCUUCUCAAGGCUGCGCUGGACGGCAACCUCGGCCGCAUCAAAGGUAUCAUAAGGAACCUUGGCAUAGGAAAUGGUGAUCGAGCAGCAGUGUUGUCUUUUCACAAGGAUGGCUUUGGGGUGCUGCACUGUGCAGCAUGCCAGGGCCAUCUGGAGGUUUGCAAGUACUUGGUUGAGGAACUAGGGUGUGAUCCAAAUAUGGCUGAAGGCUCAUGUGAAGGUGCAACACCAUUUAUGGCCUCUGCACAGUCAGGUGAUAUAUCCACUGUGAAGUAUCUACUUGAUCAUGGUGGUGAUCUAAUGAAAGCAGAUGCAAAAGGACGCACAGUUCUACACCAUGCUGUAUGUGCAGGAAGCUGUAAGGUAACAGAAUUCCUUCUUUCAAAAGGAAUACCAGUUGACAUAGACUGUGGCCGUGGGACACCACUUUUCCAUGCUGCUAAUAAUGAACAGGAUAAGACCUUGAAGAUUUUGUUGGACCACCACGCAAAUCCUAACACCAUUGUUGGCGGUGGCAUGGGCACACCACUAAUGAGUGCUCUUAUCUACCGUUCGUUGAAGUGCAUGAAGCUACUUAUUAAGGCUGGUGCGGAAGUUAAUGGCGAAGGUUCCGUUAUGCCUCCUCUAGUGUUUGCUACAGGUCAUGGAGGGUAUACCAACUUCAUUCAGUUACUGUUGAAGGCUGGAGCAAACCCUAAUAUUCCUGAUGAUCUGGGAAGGUUGCCAAUAGAGCUUGCUGCGCUGCGUGAGUGCAAGGAAGAAGUAGAGAUGCUGCUGCCCUUGACUUCGCCAAUCCCAAAUGUCAGAAACUGGAGUGUUGAUGGAGUAAUCUCUCAUGCAAAAUUUGAAAAUACAAAGCCAUUGGAUAAAAUGCGCAUUAAUAGAAGAAGAGCUAUGAUCAAGUCACAGGCAGAUCUGGCAUUCAGGCAGAAGGACUAUGCCCUGGCAUUAAAAUUCUAUAAUAUGGGGAUAGACAUUGCACCAGAAGCAACACUGUAUUCCAACAGAAGCCUCUGUAAACUGAGAAUGGGUGAUGGUGAAGGCGCUCUAUCAGAUGCUUACCAGUGCAGGAUGAUGAGGCCUGACUGGGCAAAAGCUUGCUAUCGGCAGGCAGCUGCUCACAUGCUACUCAAGGAGUACAAGCAAGCUUAUGACGCCCUCCUGGAUGCACAAAAAUUGGAUCCUGGCAAUGAUGAGAUCGAGAAGGAGCUAAGCAAGGCUAUGGAAUCCAUGAAUGUCUCCCCUGAUGAAGAUUAGCAGUGAAGCAUUGUGGCCGUCUGGCAAGAAUGUCUGUGCUGGUUAAAGAAGAGUAAGCUAUCAGCUGGAUACCUCCCAAUGAUUAUGCGUAGUAGAUUAAGGACCAAACCUUGUAGCCUGUUUAGCAAGCAGCGUUCUGUCGAGUGUAAGGCACGGGACGGGAGAAUUUUUCUUUUGAGUUAAGUGGUAGUGCAACUGUGGAGAGUUGAAGCACGUUUCUUUCUUGAGCUUGGAAGACAAGAGUUUAGUCUAGAACAGGAGAAAAGCCUGCACAACAACAGGAAUUUCUAAUGCGCUCAUCGCCAACUCAUUUGGAAAAUUUCUGUGAAGUUUCAGCCGCCAAACAGUGCUGGCGUCUCAGUUGUUGAUUUACCUUUUGAUCUGUCUAUUACUCGUUA